UGCAAUGGGUCGUGGCGUCGCUUCGGGCUCCAUGUGUGUGCCUGUAUGUACGUGUGCGUGUGUGGGGUUGUGGCUCCAUCGGGUCGUGCAUGUGUGUGUGUGUUUCCCGGGGGCGCACAAACCGGGUCGCAGCAAAUCCUUAUCGCAGUGUGGCUACUGUACCGCUGCCGGCGACGUGUAACGACGCACGCUUGGUCAAACAAAACGCGAACUCGUCCACCCAGGGACAGGCUACACACUGCACACAUUUGUUGGGGCCACAGGGCGGUUUUGUGUGCACGUUGAUCCUGGCUUGUGUGCUCUAUUCUUUUUGUUAAGUGGCAGUGGGAAAGCGCGGGGGCCGGGGAGAGCAUUACACCAGGCCCGAAAAAGCCGUCGGGUUGCCCGGAUGGGUGACAAAUCGAUUGAUACCGCGAUUGACGAUGGGACCCCUAACGUGUUGGGGGAGAGGAUAGUCCCAAGCGAAUAAACAAUAGUGUGUGACUGGCGAGAGAGAGAGAGAGAGAGAGAGAGAGAGAGAGGGGGAGAGGGGGUGAGAGUGUGAAUGAUAGUAAACCGGGUUAGUGCGUACACGUUACAUUGUGAUUCACAAUCAGCUUACGGUGGAGCAGUGCAUUGGUGCGUGAACCGCACGGUUGCUGUAGCGCAACUAAUUAUAAACGGAUCGCAUUUCGAAUAUGAUACAAUUGUGACAGCUUUGUGGAGUAAAUGUGUGUUUAUUGUGUAAAAAACAACCACCAAACAAUAGUGAAGAAAGAAAGCCAGCGCUUACAAAAAAAAAGAGUUAUUAAGUGAUUAAUAAGGUGAUAGAGGUGACAAUAAUCGAUGACAAGAGUUCUCUUAGUGAAACUAAAUUUCCCAAAAAUUUAAAAGGAGUGGUGUGUGUUACUGUUAAUUGAAAGAGGAAAUUUCUUACAAGUUUUUCUCUCAUAUUUUAAAUUUGCCAUCAAAGCUGCAAGUGUGAGUAUGAUCGCGGAAUUGGCACCACCGUACCGUGACGACGGUGAUACGCUGAUUGCUCCGGUUCCCAAGGACGCACCGAGCGGUCGAGCGGCCUGUCAAAUCCAUCCCGACGCGCCGUCAUCGCUCGACCGGAUCCAGCGGAUCUACGGCAAAAUGAUGGAUCGAAUACCGUCGCUAUCGAUACCGGGCCUAUCGCUCCCGCACUCGCUCUCCAUACCGACGUCCCAGUCGCUCUCGAAUCAAUCAUCGCACGCACUGAACUCGCUCGGGCUACAUUCGCAAAAUUUGCAUGCCUCGUCGGUGAACGCGCUGCACAACUCGCAGACGACCAAUCUGCACCAGAACGUCAGUGGACUGCUGAACGGUGCGGCCGGCAAUGGCCUGCUCGGUCAGGCGAUGUUGAAGAAGCCGGCCGAGGAGCACAUUAAGCGACCGAUGAACGCGUUCAUGGUGUGGUCCCGGUUACAGCGGAGGAAAAUCGCCCAGGACAACCCGAAGAUGCACAACUCGGAGAUCUCCAAGCGGCUCGGUGCCGAAUGGAAGCUGCUAACCGAGGACGAAAAGCGACCGUUCAUCGACGAGGCGAAACGGUUGCGCGCGAUGCACAUGAAGGAACACCCGGACUACAAGUAUCGGCCGCGCCGGAAGCCAAAACCGAUCCGGCGCGAUGGUUACCCGUACCCGAUGACGUACCCAUCGGUGCCCGUCGAUGCACUGCGAGCUGGUAUUACGCCGAGUUACUUUGCACCGGGCGCACCCUACCAUUUAGGAAGCCAUUUAUCACAGGCCAGUCCACCCACGACACAGUCAUCGAUCUCUUCCCAGAUGGACGUGUCGAAGUUUGCGCUCGACCGUAGCGCGUACCUCAACACGGCCGCUGCCGGUGCCCUCUACGAUACGGCCAAAUCGCAGACCAACCCGUACAGCGCCUAUCUCGAUCCUACCUCCGUCCUGACGAAGGCAUAUUUCGACUCCAAGAUGUACCAGGAUCGGGCCCAGGCCGCAGCAAACUACGCGUUUGACAUUUCCAAAAUCUACGGCACCACUGCGCAGCAACAGCAGCAACAGCUCGGAAGCAGCAGUAGCACUAGCAGCGGUAGCAGUAGCCAACAGCAGCAACAACAACAACACCAGCAGCAGCAACAACAACAACAACACCAACAGCAUCAACAGCAUCAACAGCAUCAGCUUCAACAGUCACCGCAUCAUCUACACCAUCCACUGCAUCAUCAGCAUCAGCUCCAGAAUGGUGCCGCUUCUGGGGGGCUAGACGAGCGAGAAUCAACGCCCCAGCUGGGUGACGUCACGCCCGACAUUAAGCCUCAGAUCGUGGAACCCCUGGAGGGUUCGCCGCUGCACAGUCAUAGCUACGGGGUGGGACUGUUGGGUGUCGGUGGUGGUGCUUCUGCUGCUACUACCAGUGGAUUGUAUCAGUAUUCGGCCGCAGCAAUGGCCGCUAGUCAAGCGGCUGCGAAUGGUAGCAGUGGUGGUGGUGGUGGCUCUAGUGGUGGCGGUGGAGGCAAUAGUGGUUCUGGCGGUGGUGGAGGUGCUGCUGGCGAAUAUCGACGACCACUGACCGUCAUCUUUUGACCCAACUCCGAGCUAAUGGUUGAUCGAGACUAUUAAAAUAAUGGUUGACAUUGGUCGCAGAACCCCACAGAAGUAUACGAAAUCGCUCGGAUGAUGCAUCAAGAGAAGGGAAACAAAUGCUCAAAGAUUUGUUUGUUUUAUUUAUUCUCAUACAAGUUGUGCAAUAAAGGGUUUUUUGCCAGAGGCUUCAAAACGAGUCUUCUAAAUAGUAAAGAAAAAACAACAAAAUAGACAAAUUGUAGUCAAGACCAUGGCUGGUCCGCGAAACAUUUUAAAACGAAAAUAAUCAAAGUAUUAUCUCUCUUUCUCUCUGUUCCAUUGGGGGAACAAUUCAAUCUUAAUAAACGUGUUCAGAACGGUAGGAUG